UCUGCAGGAGGCGUGGAGCAGUGAGUGGUGCGCUUCACAUUGUGCGUCCAAUGUCUUAUGAAUGACAGGCACCGUUUCAACCAGGUUAUGUGACAUUGUGGGACACCAAAGUUAAGUUUUACGUUCAGUGUCUGAACCAGGAGGAAGAAAGGUGAGAGAGGAAGAGGAGGAGGGUCUCUGGAUGAGAUGCGCCACCAGCUGCUGCUUUUACGCGCAGAGGACGCACGGUUCUGUUUGCUGCAGGAGCAUGUUUAGUCUCUGCUUUGGCUUCAAACUGUGAGUGCAAUUCAACCUGAGGAGAGGACUGACACUUCUCACAUUAGGAUAGUUUCUUUUAUACAUCGACAAACUGUGGAGGAACGUCUUCAACUUGCUCCACCUGGACUUUCUUCUCACUUCAACGUGCAGAACUUUAAAAAAGUUUCCAGGUGUACAUACAUGAUGUAUACAAUUACAAAGGGCCCCAGCAAACUGGUCACCCAGCGACGGACAGGACCUACUCAGCAGCUUGACAACAAAAUAAACGACUUCAAGCACAAGCAGACGUCCUGGAGUAUGCCAGACCUUCCUGCACCCAAGAUAGUUUUCAACCGUCCGAACGGUAAGAAGUACCAUCAGCCUGCUCCGGCUCUCCCAGCGGACACCCAGCAGGAAGAACGUUUCACGCCCGCGCACGAGGAAAACGUCAAAUUUGUCUAUGAUGCCUGGCAGGAGGUGAUGCAGCAGCAGAGGCCCGUCCAGAGGCCAGAGGAGGCCCAGGGAGCAGUCCACUAUAAAGAAACCAGUCCCAGCCCACACAUGGACAACUUUGUGCCCAUAGAUCUGGAUGAAUGGUGGGCCCAGCGUUUCCUAGACAAUAUUGACAAGCUAUCCUGACGCUCUUCUGGGACUUGUGGAUCUUGAGAGAUGAUCAGGAGGUGAGACCUGAAGCAGGAUGGCUCACAAAAGACGAGGAGGCCUGGGCAGACGGUUAAAAAUGCCCCGAUGUGGUUCAAAUGGAUGGACAGCGCUGGGACGCUUGCAUAGAAACCACAGAGAAUCACUUCACUUGAACUCUCGCCUUUUAACUACAAACCAUCGGCCUCUAAAUCUUCAGUCUGCGACAGACUGCACGCUGGAGGACGACAUCUUGGGGUUGAGGUUUCUCUCGUCUUUCUACCCACAACAGAGAUGCCAUGUUACUUUGAAAUGCAGUAAAAUUGUAUUUUCAAGAAGCUCUG